GUCACUCUCUCACCCUUCUCUCCAAUUCCCAAAUGCCUCUGCCUCACUCCUCCCCUUCUCUCCUUUUCUCUCCCGUUGUUGUAGCCGUUUUCCUCAUCUUUUCCGGCCACCUCACGCCGUCGUCUUCCUCCGAUGUUACCUACCCCAACUGUAACCGAACCUUCUCUUGCGGUUCCAUCCGAAACAUCUCUUACCCUUUCUCCGGUGGCGAUCGGCCCGACCAUUGUGGCCUCCCCGAGUUCCGACUUAGCUGCCGAAACAACAAAACGGUGUUCACCACCAACUCUGUCACUUACCGAGUUCUCCAAAUCAAUCAAAUCCAUAAAACCCUAAUUCUAGCCCGCUUGGAUCUCUAUAACACCACCUGUCCUCGACAAUUCGUCAAUUCAACUCUCAAUUCCACCAUUUACAACUCUGGACUCGAAAAUGAAGUUCUCACAAUGAUUUACGGCUGUAAUUCUUCCCUUCUGAUAAUAAAACCCCAAAAUCGAUUCAGUUGCAAUGUGAGUGGUGUCAAUUUUACCGAUGCUUAUUACUUGGUUGGACCGGUUCCGAGCGAUCCGAUAUUGAAUGUUAUUAGUUGUAGUGUGAGUAUUACGGUUCCAAUCCUCUGGUCCGUCGGUGAUAGGCUUACGAGUAAUCGGACAACUCUUGGGGAUGCUUUGACCGAGGGUUUCAGUGUGGUUUAUAGUGACCCAUACGACAGACAGUGCUCACAGUGUACUGAAUUUGGCGGGCAGUGUGGGUUUGAUACCAAUUUGGGUGAACCCAUUUGCAUUUGUGACGAUAAGCUGUGUCCUUUAGCACCAGCGGCACCUCCUCCAGAAGGCAACAAGAAUUCUCCGAACCAAACACCGCUUGGUGUAGGCCUUGGCUUAGUAGGUGCAGCUGCUGCUGGCAUUGGCGUGGGGUGGUUAAUCUUCUUUUGUAGACAAAGGAGAAAACGGUUAGCUGCUGCUGCCGCAGAGUCUGCCCAAACUGAAAGCAAAGGCCUCCCAACUCCUUCAAGCAAGGGCCUUACUACUACUCCUUCAACUGCUUUCACUGAAAGCAUCCCUUCUUAUCCGUCAAUAUCUGACUUUGGAAAGGGAAGCACCUACUUUGGGGUUCAGGUCUUCAGCUACACUGAACUUGAAGAAGCCACUGAUAAUUUCAAUCCUUCAAGAGAACUUGGAGAUGGUGGCUUUGGCACUGUGUACUAUGGCAAGCUCCAGGAUGGUCGCAUAGUUGCAGUUAAGCGUCUAUAUGAGAACAACUUUAAACGGGUAGAGCAGUUUAUGAAUGAAGUUGAGAUCCUGACAAGAUUACAACACGAGAACCUUGUGAAGCUGUAUGGAUGCACAUCAAAACGAAGUCGAGAACUUCUCCUUGUUUAUGAAUAUAUCCCUAAUGGAACAGUGGCCGAUCAUUUACAUGGAAAACGUGCAAACUCUGGUCUGCUCUCUUGGCCUGUCCGUUUGAACAUUGCCAUAGAAACAGCUCAUGCACUUGCUUACCUCCAUGCAUCAGAUAUCAUACAUCGUGACGUCAAAACCAACAACGUUCUCCUUGAUAAUGAUUUCCACGUGAAAGUGGCUGAUUUUGGGCUUUCCAGAUUGUUCCCCAAUGAUGUCACUCAUGUCUCAACUGCUCCGCAGGGGACACCCGGUUACGUUGAUCCUGAGUACUACCAGUGCUACCAGCUCACUGAAAAGAGUGAUGUUUAUAGCUUUGGGGUGGUCUUGAUUGAGCUUAUCUCAUCAUUACAAGCUGUGGACACCAAUAGGCACCGGCAUGAUAUUAAUUUGGCUAAUAUGGCUAUCAACAAAAUAAAUAAUCAAACAUUGCAGGAGUUAGUCGAUCCAACUCUUGAGUUUGAAACAAAUAAUUCUGUGAGAAGGAUGACUACGACCGUGGCGGAGUUGGCUUUUCGAUGUUUGCAGCAUGAGAGUGCUACGAGGCCUUCAAUGGAUGAAGUGUUGCAGACUUUGAAAGGAAUACAGAAUGAAGGGUUGAAUUCUCAAAAAGCAGAGGUUGUGGACAUCUUGGCGGAUGACAUGGCUCUUUUAAACCAUCCUCCACUGUCGCCUGAUUCCGCAGUCACUGAAAAAUGGGUUACCAACUCUACACCUAAUUCUAGUGGUUGAGAUUUCCUUCUCAGUUUUCGCUUAUGAUUUAAUGCAGAUGUGGAGAGGAUUGCAAAUCCUCAUGAUAAGAUGUCACUGAGUGGGUUAGACAUUCAUUUUCUUUUCAUAGUUGAAAAUAUUUCUAUGUUGGACUUGGACAUUAUUGAUUGAUGCAAAGUUAGAAGAGAAUGUACAUAGCAAAAGGAGAUCUUCAUAUUUUGG